AUGACAUCUCUAUAUGCUCCUGGGACAGAGGAUAUCAGGCAAAGGUUACGUCCUUUUGGGUUUUUCUUUGAGAAAUCACUGAAAGAUCUGAUUAAGGGUAUUAGGUCACAUAACGACACGCCAGAAAAACUAGACCAAUUUUUCAAGCAGGUGUUAAGUGAAUGCCGUGAUGAAGUGAACUCUCCAGAUUUGAAUUCGAAGACCAAUGCUGUUCUCAAAUUAACCUAUUUGGAGAUGUAUGGUUUUGAUAUGGCAUGGUGCAACUUCCAUAUUUUAGAGGUCAUGAGUAGUUAUAAACUACAGCAGAAACGUGUUGGUUAUUUGGCUGCAUCACAAUCGUUUUACAAAGACUCUGAUAUUCUCAUGCUUGCAACUAAUUUAUUAAAAAAAGAUUUAAAGUAUGAUGGAAAUAAUGAUGUUGUAAAAGUCGGCAUUGCUUUGAGUGGUCUUUCUACUAUAAUUACCCCCUCAUUAGCAAGAGAUAUAUCUGAUGAUUUAUUCACUAUGCUGAACAGUACUAAACCAUACAUAAGAAAAAAAGCCAUUACUGCAUUGUUUAAGGUUUUUUUACAAUACCCCGAGGCUUUGAGAGAUAAUUUCGAUAAAUUUGUUUCAAGACUAGAUGAUGAUGAUAUAUCUGUGGUUUCCGCCGCUGUUAGUGUUAUUUGUGAGCUUUCAAAAAAGAACCCUCAACCGUUUAUCCAACUUUCACCUUUAUUGUACGAGAUCUUAGUUACAAUUGAUAAUAACUGGAUAAUCAUUAGAUUAUUGAAGUUAUUUACUAACCUGUCACAAGUAGAACCGAAACUAAGAGCAAAGUUAUUACCGAAAAUUCUAGAAUUGAUGGAUAAUACUGUUGCAACUUCCGUGAUCUAUGAAUCCGUCAACUGUAUUAUCAAGGGGAACAUGCUGGAAGAAGAUGACUUUGAAACAGCAAUGGCGUGUUUAGAAAGAUUACACACAUUUUGUGAUUCUCAAGAUCCAAAUUUAAGAUAUAUUAGCUGCAUACUAUUUUACAAGAUCGGUAAAAUUAAUACAGAUUUUAUUUCUCGGUUUGACCAACUGAUUGUACGCCUAUUAUCUGAUGUCGACGUUUCAAUUAGAUCGAAGGCAAUUGAACUGAUCGAAGGUAUUGUUGAUGAAGAUAAUUUGAAAUCAGUUGUUCAAACAUUGAUGAAACAGUUCGUAGAUGAAGAUGUAGUCAUCCUCCAAACUGGAAACGUCGUAUAUGAAAGGUCAAAGAGAAUCCCCAUCGUGAUUCCAGAAAAUUACAAAAUAAAAAUGGUGAACGUUAUUAUAUCAAUUUGUUCAGCUGGAAACUAUUUAAACGUUAACGACUUUGAAUGGUACAAUGCAGUAAUAAUGGAUCUAGCGAUGCUUUGCCAAGAUGUAUCCGAUAAGACCCUUGGAUCCAAAAUAGGUGAACAGUUUAGAAAUUUAAUGAUAAAAGUUCCCUCAAUAAGGGAAGUGACUAUUGCUAAUAUCAUAAAAUUGAUUUCAAACGAUGACAUUAAUAGACAGUUACCUACCAUAUUGAGAGAGUGUAUCUGGUGCAUUGGAGAGUUUUCUGUCUUAGUUGAAAAUGGUGAUGACCUAAUAAAAGUAAUGAUUGGAAAUGCCGGUUAUUAUUCUCACAGUGUACAGGAAGUGUUGAUUUUAGCACUUGUCAAAAUAUUCAGCAAUUGGUGUAACAACUUCCACCAGGAUAAAAUCAUUGAAAUUGAGUCGAUUUUAAAGGAGUUAAUUGAGUUUUUCGAAAAUUUGUCUUAUUCGAGUACAUUUGAAGUCCAAGAAAGAAGUGUCGAGGUUUUAGAAUUCUUAAGACUAAGUUUAGAAGCUUUAGAAGAAGAUUCAGAGAGUUUACCAAUGUUAUUGAGCGAAGUUCUGCCAAGCUUUUUUAACACUUAUGAACUUGCACCAAUUGCACGUGGUACACAAUCAAACUUGACAAUAGACGAGAACCUUGAUUUGGAGACUCCAUUUUUGACCAAAGAGGUAGCUGAUCAAUUGUUAGAUGAUCAAAAAAGUGAUUUGAUGAGUGACAUGAUAUCGGACAUCUCAAUUGAGAAGCAAGGUGAAUCAGAACUCAUUGAAUAUUCUGAUAUUCCGUAUGAAGAAAAAGAAAAAUUGAAUAACCCUGACAAUCCUUUUGAGGUUGAAAGAGAAAAGGAACGAAUGGCAAAUCCUUAUUACCUAGGUGAAGAAGAUGAAGGAAACAUUAAUAAAUCUAAAGAUUUAUUGAAUUUGAAUGAAGAGGAUAGUACUGAACAAAAGCCAGAAACUAUUAGAUUGAAUAGACCUGGAAAUACUCUGAAUUCUUUAAGUUUACUCACGGUUAAAAAUGGCAAGACAAGUAAGAAGGGAAAGAAGAAGAACAGGGUUGAAGUCUUAUCUGAUCAAUCUGUUAUUGAAGUUAUUUCAAAAAAGAAAGACACUGUUCAGAAACCCCAUGAAAGCCAUUUAACUCAAGCAUCAUCGAAAAAGGACAAAAUUAAUUUGAGAAUGCAUUCCGAACUUGAAAAUUUUGACUUUUCCAAUUUUGAAGCAUCAAGUAAUGUAGAAAAAGAAUCCCAACAAAAUCACACCUUCAGGGAAGAAGAAGACUUAGAGUUAAACCGCUUAAAAGCCCAACUCAGUUUACAGGCCAAUAAGGAUAAUUGUUCUGAUUCUGAAGAAGUUAUAGUUAUAAAAAAGAAGAAGAAAGGAAAAAAGGCAAAGUCGAAAACAAAACUAAACGCGAAAACAAAAAGACCCCCAGAAUCGAAUGACUUGCUUCGAGCCCAAAGCACAGACGUGUAA